AUAAUUGUAAGAAAAUAUGACGAUAAAUAUGCAUUUCAGAGGUAUUAUAGGGAUAAAUAACAUUCAAUAAUUAAGAGUGUCUAAGAUAAAUAGAUAAUUCUUUAAAACAAGAGAUAUCUAAAGAAAUGUUCAAUUUAGCAUUUCGAAAGUUGAGUAUUAAGAAAAAAAUAAAACCUAGGAAUAUGUCUACUAGAAAACAGAAAAGAAGGAGUCUUGCAAUAAAGAAAGCAGUGGUAUUUAAGGAACAAUUGCAGUAUAAGGUUAACAAAGCUAAAUUGAAAUAUAUUUCUAAAAAAGAAAGAAAGAAUAUAUGGGAUAAAGUCAAUGAAAAUACAAUAAAGUAAUAUUUGGAUGUAUUUUGAAUAUAUUUAUUUUGAAUGUUUUUGUUUUUAAAAAAUAUAUUGCUUUAUUUGUUAGGAUGUAUUUAUAUUAAAUAUGUCAUUUAUUCA